ACUAUCUUCAAUACUUCAGCUGUCAAACAGGCGGCUAGCUUUGCAUAGUUUUUGUGCUUCUAACUACAACAACAAUAAACAGCUGUUUCUAGUUGCGUGUUUGUUUUUCUAUUUACGUGUUUGGUGCAUUUUUACUCGUUUUUCACAUUUCGGUACAAAUCGGAAUGGUUGGCCAACAUUCGAUACGCAACACAUAAUCCGUAGUACUUCUGCAUCACAAUCGUUUAAAAUUCAAUAAAACUAUGGCCUUACUUCCACCGGAUCCAGUGUUUUGUUUGCGUUCGCCGGACACCUGCUCGUACUACUCGCUUUGCUUCCGUACUCCGGAGCAUCUGUACGCCGGCACGAACAAAGGAACAGUUCAGCUAUGGGAGUUACAGACAAAUCGUACAUCAUAUCAACUGAACGUAGGUUCCAGUCCUAUCCUGAACCUAGCCCACUCAGCCGAUGCCUUGAUCACUCAGGAAAAGGACGGCGCGGUGAAGCUGUGGACGCUUGCCGACGCCGAAUACCUCUUGCGCCACGAAAUCUCCACCGAACACGUUGGAUUCUGCCGUCUAGCAUACGACGCACAAUCGAGUACUGUGAUAAUACCCCGUGACCGGGCAGCCAUCAGCGUCCUGUGUGCAAAAACCUUUAGCGAAACAAUGCGCUUCACACCGACGGCCGACGACGAAAAGGCUUUGCCGUAUGGCACCGUAAUGUGCUUUCAGCCAAUCGAAAUCCAGAACCAACGCUAUCUCCUUGCCGGGUACGAGUCGGGUGCGCUCGUACUGUGGGACUAUCGUACCGGGCGUCCGGUCGGUUCGACUUCCCAUUACAUUACCGACGAUGCUGAUUGUCUACAAACGAUCGACUAUGAUCCGGUUACUAACCGCGGCAUAUGUGGUGGUUCUGCGGACAAACUAUCCGUAUUUUCGAUCGACCGUAAAUCGUUGCAGCUAAUGCCGAAGAGUGAAAUCGGAAUCAAAAACGCCGGUGUGCAUCGGGUCCGCAUCCGGAAGGAUUUGAAAGUGUUUGCUGCUGCCGGUUGGGAUGGAAGGUUGCGCAUUUUCUCUUGGAAAAGCCUUCGACCGUUGGCCGUACUUACCGAGCACAGGGGCGAACUGCUGGAUGUUGCGUACAGCGGAGCGAACGUCACCAUGUGGAAUGCACCGGUGAUGGCUGCCGCCGGAAAAGAUGGACAAAUUUCACUGUGGGAUUUAUACAAAUGAGCUGGAUGGGCUCAUUUGUCCAGCAACGAACAAAGGCUGACCAGAUGAAUGAAAACACCAACUAACACACUCACACGUUUCUUAUAACACGCCUACUACAUGAUACGCUUUUUUCUCAUUUUGUUGAAUUGAAAUAAAAUUUCCAUACGUUUUUUUUACAUUUAUAUUAUGGGGCUUCGCCAUCCUCCUGGUUCGUACGUAGUUACUUAUGAAAUAAAUGCUACGAAUAAAAUUCUA